AUGCACAACAGCGCUUGGGAGGCUAUCAUUCAUUUCUUCACCGCCGCUACAGACAAUAACCAUCAUUCAACAAGUCGAGUCUUACGGCCAUUUCUAUGUGUUUUCUUCAUUCUAUUAUGUGUACUUUGUUUUAAUAUUACACAAGUUUGGAAUAAGAGAAAAGAUGACAUGUCUUCAACAACUUCCGAAGGUUUGCUUCCGAGCAUUCAUUCACAACACGUAACAGUCGAAUAUUUACAAAAGGAAAUUGAAAGACUGAAAGAAUCGUUGGGUAGUAGUGUUGUGCUGAAUCAUUAUCAGCCGCCAAAGGUUCCUCUAAUUUUUAACAAGUUUGUCAUGUGGAAAAAACAGUCCGAGAUGCCACAUGUCAGCGAAGAAGGACCAACGAUUCUGGAAAGCGAUUAUCAAUGCACGAAAUAUAGAAUUGACUUGUCUAGAAAAAUAACAGAGUUUACCUCUUGCCGUUUAGAAAAUAUUUGCAUCAAUCGAAAGGGAGAAUGGCUGAUAUUCACACAUUCCAAAAAAGCACAAGAAUUAUCUGGAAAAGCAUGGGUCUAUACCAAUAGUUAUUAUUUUGGAAGCGAAAAUCAAAUGAUACGUGUUCAUGUAUUACCACCACCUGCUGAGGUGAUUAUCAAGAAUUCUACCACAAUAUUGUUUGAAACAAGUCGGCAUGAAAAAAUUUCACACAAAUUAGAAGGAAAUAUUACUUUAUCCAGUUCAUUUAAAUGGAUUUCAAAACCUACCUUCGCAACCUCAAGACAUGAAUCAGGAAAUAUUGGUCAUGCACUUUUAGAUAAUUUUAUUUUACUAUUUAACUUGAUGCUCAACUUUGGUUAUAUGAAUUCAGAUAGCCAUGUCUUAUUUAUGGACAAUUUAUUUGAACGUUUGGUUCAAAAUGAUCCUGUCAUUCUGGCACAACAGUUACAGAAAGGGGAACGUGCAACAAACAUGUCACUGGCAUGGGCUGGACUGCUUUCAUCCAAUCCUCCUCUUCAAAAGUGUGCUAAUCCACAAAUUGGAAAUACAUUGGACUAG